AUGUCAGGGGACGCGCCUCCUCCUGUUGGCCUCUUGCGAGAGGGGUCCUGGGGAAGCGCAUCGUCGGGGGACGACGGUGUGAUGAGCAACGCAACUUCCGGGUCUAACGACCCGAGCCGGCCCGAGCCGCACCCCCAGGGGGCGCACGGGCAUGACCAACCCCAAGGGUUAGAUGCAGCGGCAUGGGCUGCGGCAUCGCCCGUGGGUUCCCAAUCGGCGGGAGCCCUGAGGAGCGCGUCGACGGGAAACGUCGAGGCGGACUAUACAUCCUACCAGCCCAACGGCUCGGGCGGACUCAAGGACGACCGGCUCGACAACGCGGGCGCCGGAGGAGCCGGCGCAGGGGGAGCCUGA